UCUAAAGGGGGAUGCAUUUCCGGUUUGUCACGGAUGUGGCCGGAAGGCGAUGGGAAGAUGGCGGCGGCCAUGAUGCAGAUGUCACUGGGUUACCGGGGACUCUUGGCAGUCCGGAGCCGGGGGACGGGCCCGCUGAGCCUGGGAUUCGUGUCUCCCCAGCUGCGGGCGUUCUCUGUGCGGAAAGAGCCGGAGCUGGAGGAGAAUCCAUAUUACAAGAAAUACCAGGACAGGAUCCAGCAACUGCGCCGAUCAGACCCUGCUGCUUUUGAUGCACGCUUGGACAAGAGGAAAGAAGUAGAAAAACAGCCUCUCGGUUACUCAAAGCAAGCCGAAUUUGCCCGUGCGAUAGAGGAUAAGGUUGGGACAGGUUCGCCCAAAGGAUUCACAAAGAACAAGACACUUAAUUCCAUUGUAAACGUUGAGCUGAUAAAAGACAAGAGCGCAGAUGAUAUUACAGAGAUUUGGAAGCAGUAUUUUUCUACACAAGAUACGGUGUAUGCAGUCAUACCUGGUGAAGCUUUUGAGAUAAUGUGGCAGAGAGCCCAGACCUGUCCUGCAUUCCUGUAUGCGUUGCCCAGGCAGGAGGGAUAUGAGUUUUUCGUGGGUCAGUGGUCUACAACCGAGCUCCAUUUUACAUCUCUUAUUAAUAUUCAGACAGCAGGAGAUUCUGCGCCAAGCCAGCUGAUUUUGUAUCAUUUCACGGAUCUCCAGAAAGAAAAAGGAAUCGUUCUUAUGGCAUCAGAAAUAGACACCAAAUUCUUGAAUGUGCAAGAAGCGCAGUGCUUGGCCAGUCAAGUCCAGCUGUUCUAUGCCGGAGAUCAGUCAGAAAUCUUCCAACAUGUAGAGACAUUCAACCACAACCCAAAUGAAUUCAAAUACAUGUCGGUUGUUUCUUCCUUGGAGCAAAGUGGACUGGUGAAAAAACCUUCGGAUGUGCAAGAGAGAAAGUACGAUGGAUAAUAUAACACGAGGAUGCCGAAUGCUCAAAUGUUUUAAUGGAAAAGCUCUCGCUUUAUAAGAAAUGGAAAAUAGAAAAACAUUGGGGUCAACUCUCUUACUUCUGAAUAGAUGUAUCCUGUUACAAAGGAAUAUUAACGAAAAGACAUAAAUUAAUAUGGACAUCUACAUAAUGAAGAAAGGAAGGGUCUGUUAAAUCAAAGUCCAUACUCCACAAAAUAUUUUAUUUCCAAGUCUUUGACCGUGUGGAUGUAUAAAUCCCUUCUACCUUUUUGGAAUUUGCAAGAUACCGCUCUAGUUAUACGGUUCUGGGACGAUGAUUGUAGACACGAUUUCACAAGAAUUUUCCAUCUCCCACUUCAUUGAAAUAAGCCACAACCCCUCCCCCCAGGCUGAUUUUGAAGAUAAAGGGGACAGGCUGUUAUCCUUUUGUGAGGAUAUUGUCAGUAUUCAGAGCAUUAACUUGCCAUUCAUUGUAUGAUGUAUCUGUUCACUUUCAUUAAAUUAAAAUACGAACACAA